GAAUUGGCAAGCAUGGAUUUCCGUUGUCUCUGCUCGCUAGCGCUCUGUCUCAUAUCUUUCUGUACAUGCAGUCAAAGCCUGAGACAAGCGACAGAAGCUCAAAUUAUUCGCCUUCGAAGCAGUGUUGAAUAUGCAGGAAGAGUGGAGAUCUAUGAUGGUGUAACGUGGGGAACUGUUUGUGAUGAUGAGUGGGAUAUGGACGAUGCAGCUGUUGUUUGUCGUCAGUUAGGAUACUCUGGUGCUGUAGCUGCUCGUUCAUCUGCAUACUAUGGGCAGGGAUCAGGUACCAUAAAGAUGACCAAUGUUCAGUGUCUUGGCAGUGAGACCAAACUUCAACACUGCAAGUCUUCCCAAUGGAAUAGCCACACCCACAAUUGCAACCACAGUCAAGAUGCUGGAGUUGAAUGCGAAAAAAAACUGACAUCUGCAAAUACAUCGUUUACAGUUCCAGCUAGUUUUCCAUUAAAUGGUAAAGCAUUACGUCAAAGAAGGUUUACAGCUCAAACGACAAGAAGACCAACAAAAGAACAGCCUUCUAAAUCAUGGUGGUGGUGGUUCACAACAACAGAACAACCUACUACAGCAUGGUGGUGGUGGCACACAACAACAGAACAACCUACUACAGCAUGGUGGUGGUGGCACACAACAACAGAACAACCUACUAAAUCAUGGUGGUGGUGGCACACAUCAACAGAACAGCCUAUUAAAUAUGUGUUAGGUAAUGUUCGACUUGUUGGAGGCAGUUCACACAAUGAAGGACGAGUUGAAAUAUUUCAUAAUGGCAGAUGGGGCUCUGUGUGUGGCACUCUUUGGACUAAAGAUGAAGCAAAUGUGGUGUGCCAUCAACUUGGCUUCGACAAGGCAAACAAGACAACCUACUUUACUGCUGCUGCAUCCGCUCACCCCCUUCCGCUUCAUGUCAUCUGUUCUGGAAGCGAACGAUCAUUGACCCAAUGCCUACUUAUUAAUGAAGAGUCUGGAGACUGUUUAGUCGAGCUAGACGCGGGAGUCGUCUGUGUGAAUCAUCAAGAAGAUUCUUCCAGUUCAGUCAAUGUUGUAGCAAUUGCUGCGGGAAUAGCCGGUCCUCUAGUGGUAGCCAUCAUUUGUAUUAUCGUCUACUUUGUCUUAAAGCGUCGCAAGCAUCGUCGCUCUGAAAAUGUGUCGUCGGCAAAUGAAAGAUUUAUAGCCGGAGAAACAAAUCCAGGAUCGGAAUUGGCCUCUUCCCCACCAGCACCGUCGGCACCACCACAACCGUCGGCACCACAGGUUCAGAUUCCACCGCCUGGGUGUGGUCUCCCUCCAUGUCCCAACAGUUAUUCUCAAUACACUCCUCACAAUCAGUUUCAAGGUUUUGACUCUAAUCAUCCUCCUCCCUAUAAUGCUUAUGCUCAAGACAGACCGUGGCAACCGCAACUUCAACAGACGUUUUACCCUCCACAAUUGAGUAAUGGAGAAGAAAACACAGGAGACCGUACAGGAGUCCAUACAGCAAACCGCACAGGAGUCCAGUUAGACCACCUAAGAGACAAUAUACGAGACAGCACAGGAGAUCCCACAGCAUCUACCUUAGGUUUGGUCAGUUCAUCACAAAUGUCAACGAGGUAUUUUUCCCCUAGUAGGAAUCAGCCUAAUCGUUGCAAUCUGUUCUGUCAUAUGUCGUCGUCUAAGGAAUUUCAUUCACCUCAAAUGAAUGUUUCCAUCUUGUUGAUCACAAUAUUUCUCAUCACCAGUUUCUUUAUCCGGGAGUUGGCAAACAUGGAUUUCCGUUGUCUCUGCUCGCUAGUGUUCUGUCUCCUAUCUUUCUGCACAUGCAGUCAAAGCCUGAGACAAGCGACAGAAGCUCAAAUAAUUCGCCUUCAAAGCAGUGUUGAAUAUGCAGGAAGAGUGGAGAUCUAUGAUGGUGGAAUGUGGGGAACUGUUUGUGAUGAUGAGUGGGAUAUGGACGAUGCAGCUGUUGUUUGUCGUCAGUUGGGAUACUCUCGUGCUGUAGCUGCUCGUACAUCUGCAUACUAUGGGCAGGGAUCAGGUACCAUAAAGAUGACCAAUGUUCAGUGUCUUGGCAGUGAGACCAAACUGCAAGACUGCAAAUCUUCCAAAUGGAAUAGCCACACCCACAAUUGCAACCACAGUCAAGAUGCUGGAGUUGAAUGCGAAAAAGAACUGACGUUUGCAAAUACAUCGCUUACAGUUCCACCUAGUUUUCGAUCAAAUGGUAAAGAAUUACGUAAAAGAAGGUUUACAGCUCGAUCGACAAGAAGACCAUGGUGGUGGUUUACAAAAACAGAACAGUCCACUACACCAUCGUGGUGGUGGCAUACAACUACAAAAGAGCCUACUACUGAAUCAACUACAGGUACACCACAGUGGUGGUGGAAAACAACACAAGCACAGCCUACUACCACAUCAACUACUGCUACACCACGGUGGUGGUGGAGAACAACACAAGCAAAACCUACAACCACAUCAACUACUGGUACACCACGGUGGUGGUGGAGAACAACACAAGCACAGCCUACAACCACAUCAACUACUGGUACACCACGAUGGUGGUGGAGAACAACACAAGCACAGCCUACAACCACAUCAACUACCGGUACACCACGGUGGUGGUGGAGAACAACACAAGCACAGCCUACAACCACAUCAACUACAGCACAGCCUACUACCAAAUCAACUACUGGUACACCACGGUGGUGGUGGAGAACAACACAAGCACAACCUACAACCACAUCAACUACUGGUACACCACGAUGGUGGUGGAGAACAACACAAGCACAGCCUACUACCAAAUCAACUACUGGUACACCACGGUGGUGGUGGAGAACAACACAAGCACAGCCUACAACCACAUCAACUACUGGUACACCACGAUGGUGGUGGAGAACAACACAAGCACAGCCUACUACCAAAUCAACUACUGGUACACCACGAUGGUGGUGGAGAACAACGCAAGCACAACCUACAACCACAUCAACUACUGGUACACCACGAUGGUGGUGGAGAACAACACAAGCACAGCCUACUACCAAAUCAACUACUGGUACACCACGGUGGUGGUGGAGAACAACACAAGCACAACCUACAACCACAUCAACUACUGGUACACCACGAUGGUGGUGGAGAACAACACAAGCACAGCCUACAACCACAUCAACUACUGGUACACCACGAUGGUGGUGGAGAACAACACAAGCACAGCCUACUACCAAAUCAACUACUGGUACACCACGAUGGUGGUGGAGAACAACGCAAGCACAACCUACAACCACAUCAACUACUGGUACACCACGAUGGUGGUGGAGAACAACACAAGCACAGCCUACUACCAAAUCAACUACUGGUACACCACGGUGGUGGUGGAGAACAACACAAGCACAACCUACAACCACAUCAACUACUGGUACACCACGAUGGUGGUGGAGAACAACACAAGCACAGCCUACUACGAAAUCAACUACUGGUACACCACGGUGGUGGUGGAGAACAACACAAGCACAACCUACAACCACAUCAACUACUGGUACACCACGAUGGUGGUGGAGAACAACACAAGCACAGCCUACUACCAAAUCAACUACUGGUACACCACGGUGGUGGUGGAGAACAACACAAGCACAGCGUACAACCACAUCAACUACUGGUACACCACGAUGGUGGUGGAGAACAACACAAGCACAGCCUACAACCACAUCAACUACUGGUACACCACGGUGGUGGUGGAAAACAACACAAGCACAAUCCAGUACUAAACCAACCACUACCACACCAUGGUGGCACACAACAACAGAAAAGCCUACUACGGCACAGUGGCCACAGCUAACAACAACAGAAAAGCCUACAACAGCACAACGGUUGGGACUGAGAACUACAAAGCAGCCUACAGCACCACAAUGGUUAUGGUUCACAACAGCAGCACAGUCUACUCUUCAAUCAACCACUAGUAGGCCACAGUCAUGGCAACACACAACACCAGACCAGCCUACUUUUCAACCUAGAUAUGUGGAAGGAGAUGUUCGGCUCGUUGGGGGCAGUUCAUUCAAUGAAGGUCGAGUUGAAAUACUUCACAAUGGCAGAUGGGGCUCUGUGUGCGACAAUUUUUGGGAUGAAGAUGAUGCAAACGUGGUGUGCCAUCAACUUGGCUUUGAAAAGGCAGACAAGCUACACACACCAGCAUACUUCAACAAUCUUUCACCCACUCCACCCGUUUGGCUUAAUUCUGUCAGUUGUACUGGAUAUGAAGAAUCAUUGUCACGAUGCUAUUUUACUACUUGGGGAGGUGAAGAAUGCGUUCACGGGAGACAAGUGGGCGUUGUUUGUGUGAGCCAUACAGCAGAUUCCACAUCUUCGUCCGAUUCAGUUAACGUUGUAGCAAUUGCUGUGGGUGUCAGCGUUGCUCUAGUGGGAGUGCUCAUCGCCACUGCUGUCUGCUCUAUCUUAUGGUGUCGAAAACACCGCUACGCCACCUAUACUCCUCUGACAAAUGAAAGCUCUUCAAUCAGUAACACAAACCCACAAUUCGAAUUGAUGGCUAAUCCACAAGCACAGUCAGCACUGUUCAGUCAGAUUCCACUGACACCAUCAGCACCAUUAGAUGAGAUUCUACCAACGCAGUCAACAGCUGUUCUGAUUCAAAGUCCUGGCGAUACUGCACCUCUUGAUUACAACCUCUAUUCUGAAGACAGGCCGUGCCCUCAAUUUGUUCGUCCCAACUCUGAUCAACCUCCUCCCUACAGCAUGUAUAAUCAAGAUAUGCCAUGUUCGACACAGCUACAACCGAUAGUUUGCCCUCCUCUAUCUCAAAAUCAAUCGUCACCAUCCACUAAGUGACUAAUCACCAACUAAAUGUUUAGAACAAACAGAAACUUGGACAUGUGAAAAGAGUGUCGGUAAAUGUCAAAAGCACUGCAUGCAUGCCGUAAACAGUUAUAGCCUGAGGGUUGCAAACAAUCUGAAAUGAUUCUUGUUGUUGCUGCUGUAUGUAUGUAUGAAUUAAAAAUACAAUAAAACAUAUAUAACAA